AUGACAAACUCGGGUCACGAUGACAUGAUUCACGAUGCCGUCCUCGACUACUACGGCCGAAAACUGGCGACGUGUUCGAGCGAUCGGACCAUCAAAAUCUUCGAAGUCGAGGGUGAGACGCAGCGGCUGCUGGAAACUCUGAAAGGGCACGAAGGCGCCGUCUGGUGCGUCGCCUGGGCGCAUCCCAAGUACGGCAACAUCCUCGCCUCGGCCGGCUACGACGGCAAGGUCUUCAUCUGGAAGGAGCAGGGUGCGCAGAACAACCAGUGGCAGCGCAUCUACGACUUCCCCCUGCACAAGGCUUCGGUCAACAUCGUCGCCUGGUCACCUCACGAGGCCGGAUGCCUGCUCGCCUGCGCCUCCUCCGACGGCAACGUGAGCGUGCUCGAGUUCAAGGACAACGCCGUCGACCACACCACCUUCCCCGCCCACGGCCUCGGCGUCAACUCGGUCUCGUGGGCGCCGGCGACGUCGGCCGGCAGCAUCGUCAGCAGCAACCCCGGCCCCGGCUCCGUCGGCAACCGGCGCUUCGUCACCGGAGGCUCCGACAACGUCCUCAAGAUCUGGGCCUACGACGCGGCCUCGCAGUCGUACAAGCAGGAGCCCGAGCCGCUGACGGGCCACGCCGACUGGGUCCGGGACGUGUCCUGGUCGCCGACGGUGCUCCAGAAGUCGUACAUCGCCUCGGCCUCGCAGGACAAGACGGUGCGCAUCUGGACGUCGGACGCGGCGAGCAACGGCCAGUGGGACUGCAAGGUGCUCAACUUUGAGGCGGCCAUGUGGCGCGUCAGCUGGUCGCUGAGCGGCAACGUGCUGGCCAUCAGCGGCGCCGACAACAAGGUGACGCUGUGGAAGGAAACCCUACGGGGCGAGUGGGAAUGCUUCAAGACGAUUGAGGAGUAA